AUGCCUGACGAGGAUGACUCUGCUUUACGGCAUUUACUACAGACUCGUGGAAUGGAAGAUGUGCAGUCGGCUCUGAAACGAUCCGAGAACAGCCCCAGUAAUGCCUCGGACCCGAAGGCUAAUCAGGGCCAACCAACGGAUAGUGAAGGGGAGCAACCCUUCGUCGAGGAGUUGAACCCUGAUCUUAUAGAUCCGAACUUAUUCUUGAUGUCAUUCUCGGAACUCACCAACGACGUUCCACAGGGUCCAGGUCGUCCCGAAACCGUUGCCUCUCUACCAGCAACGUCAGACGAUUCCUUAUUCCAAGACUGCAGUGACGACACCUUUGUUGAGAUAAACACAGAAUUUCCAACAGGGGGACCAUGCGAGAUCAACGACCCUCCAUCACAAACCAAAGACUCAGACAGUGGAAAUGGCACUCGAAAGAAAAUAGCACAACCGCGUCCUAAUGUGACGCGACUGCCGCUGUCCAUCCAACAGCUACUAAGCAAUGAGCCGAGAUGCCAACAUGACACUUCUACUAAGGACGACAAUCUCAGUGAUAGUGAAGGCGUAGAGGAGCUAGUGAACCAGUUAUCUGACAGGAUGGGGAGCCUGCAGAUCGGGUCCGAUGGCCAUGUUCGCUACUACGGCCCAACGUCCCACUUUAAUCUGCUAAGGAUGCCCACUCCAGACAAUCUAACUAUCCAUCGUACAGUUCGACAAGACGGACCUGAUGUGUUGGAUCGCCUGGGCGUCAAUAAAGAGAUUCCAGCGGGGUUCGAGGAGCACCUUAUCAACCUCUAUUUUACUUGGCAUAACCCCUUGUUCCAAGUGGUCGAUAGGGAGAUGUACGAAUCAGCGAGGCAACAGUGGCGCAGGAAAAUGGAGGAAACGCCGUACUACUCUGAGGCCCUAACCAACGCCAUGUGCUGCCUUGGAGCGGCAUUCGAGCCGCGAUACCAUCCCGACUUCAUCACCUAUCCUAGAUCGGUUUCCGACUUCUUCGCUGACCGAGCGAAGGCACUACUCGAGAUUGAGCUGGACUCGCCUACUCUGGCGACUAUUCAGGCGAUGGUUGUAUUAAGCGCACACGAUGUUGGAUGCAAGAGAAAUUCCAGAGGGUGGCUCUACAGCGGCAUGGCCAUGCGCUUGGCCUUUGACUUGGGAUUACACAUUGACACGGCCCACUAUGUGACUGAAGGGUCGGUUAAAGCAACCGAGGCGGAGCUCCGCCGCACCGUGUUUUGGGGGACUUACACUGUGGACCAUCUCUGGGGCUUUUUUCUCGGCCGACCAGUCCGUAUCAAUAUGGAGGAUGUCACUGUCGACAAGCCUGGCCGCCAUCAGGCGAGAGAGCACGACCGCAAAUGGGUUCCAUAUGGUCUUCCGUCUCCACCACCUGCUUCUCUUGCAGCUCCCGUGCCAGACCCUGUGGACCUUCUUAGCCAACACCGGAUUCAGCUUUGUGAGAUCAUGACUCCUCUGGGCCAUGUCCUCUAUGGAUGCUCCCGGGUCUCAAAACGUAUCCUGCAGGGUUUGAAUGAGAACACAACAGACCGACUCCUAAAAUGGAAAGCCAACCUUCCCGAAGUUCUGCAAAUCGAUCUCGAGCAUACAGACGGCCCUGUUCUACCUCACAUCAUACUUCUCCACAUGCAAUAUCACCAAACCAUCAUCCACGCCCACCGCCCAUGGAUCUCGAAGCGAUACAUCCAACCUCAACCGCCCCAAGGCCCAGGCCACGUCCACGCCCGAAAGAUGUGCAUUGAGUCCGCAAUCGCUAUCUCGCAGCUUCUGCAUCUCUACGAAACCCAAUACACCUUCCGUCGCAUGAACGUGCAAGCUGUCUCUAUCACCUGCUCCGCAGCCCUAAUGCUAAUCUUUGCCACGAUAGCAAGUCUCAAAACUGAAGGAGAUCAUGAGAUAUCAGCCUAUCUUAGCGUUUGUUUUCGAGCACUGGAAGAAUUCGGGAUAUCAUGGGAGAGUGCCAAGAGAGCACAGAACUUUUUGAUCAGUCUCCAGCGACGAUGGGAAUCGCGGGUCCGUUCGUAUAAUUCCGCGAAGCGGGCGGCGUCUCAGUCGCAAAGUCGGUCACAGUCUUGCUUUCCAACUUCGAAGAAGCCUCGUAUAUCAACUGACCCUGAUCCUGGUCCACGUGAAUCCAGCGUACCUAUCGGCGAGGACGAAGUUCGCGCGUUUGACCCGGCGGGAAGUGGGUUUCCUAUUGAUCCUGAUAUGAUGGUGGAGCUGGAUUGGCUGUGUACGGAGGCCAUGCGGGAUAUGUCUCCUUGA